CCCCCCCCCCAAACAACAAUAACAAUAACAAAACCGUCAACGAAAUUGACUUUAUGAUUCAAAUUGUACAGAAAUAGCGUUGACAAUAGGAAUCCCGAAAAAUAAAAAAAUAAUCUACAUUUUCGAACAUCUCUCCACUAAAGCGGCAACAACACGACUGUGGGGCAUGAGCAACUUUGUGGAAAUCGACGGCUCUUAUUUGGAAGGCGGCGGUCAGGCGCUGCGCAAUGCCAUCAGCCUGAGCGUUAUACUCAAUCGUCCGGUGCGUGUGGUCAAGAUACGUGCUAACCGACCUAAACCCGGUUUAUCACAUCAGCAUUUGCAUGGCGUUCAUCUCUUGCGAGCUAUUUCACAAGCCGAUGUAAAUGGCGAUGCGCUGCUCUCCACCGAGCUGGAGUUUACGCCACGCCGCAUCGAGGGCGGCAUGUACAAGGUGGACACACGCACAGCGGCCAGCAUAACGUUGAUCUAUCAAAUGGUGAUGCCAGUGCUGUUAUUUGCCAAUAGCUCAUCACGAGUUGAUGUCACUGGCGGCACAAAUGUCGCGUUUUCACCCCAGGUGGAGUAUAUGCAGCAGGUGCUGUUACCCAGCCUCAAGCGUUUUGCUGCCAACACGGCUAUGGAACUGACGGUCUUGCACCAUGGCUUCUAUCCUCGGGGCAAUGGACGUUGUCAACUCAACGUGGAACCGUUGCAGCAGCCGUUGACAGCAGCUCAAUUCAUGGAUUUCGGACAAUUUCGUGAGGUCAAAGGCGCUGCCUACUAUGCGGGUCGUUUGCCCAAAUUCAUUGCUUACGACUUGCAGCAUUCGGCCGAGCGUGAAAUCCAUCGUCUAUGGCCAGAUCAUCAGUGCAACAUUCAGGUGUUUAAGCACACACCGGAUCGUGCACGUGAUAAUGGAGCCGGCAUCAUAUUGACCGCUUUGACCAGCACCGGUUGCGUUCUCGGCGCCGGCUCAGUGGGCGAGAAGAACAUCGAUGGUCAUAUGAUUGGCUCGAAUGCGUCAUGUGAGCUGGCCGGAUACAUUAAGAACGAGGUCUGUGUUGAUGCGCAUCUGCAGGAUCAGUUGAUAAUUUUUAUGGCUUUGGCUAAGGGUUGUUCGCGUAUGCGCACAUGUGCGUUGUCCAAGCACACACGCACUGCCAUCUAUGUGGCGGAGCAGAUGACUGGCGUGAAAUUUAACAUUGAGUAUGGUGACUUUGGUCAGACGUUUGUCAGUUGCGAGGGUCUGGGACAUUUUAAUAAUGUGUAACAAGACUGUUUGUAGUACUCUUAAAUUAUU